UCCAUACAUAUAACGCUUGUUCCCGGACCAUGAAGUUCGCCAUCCUCGCCUCCAUGCUCAGCGCUGCUGCAGCUUUUGCGCCUGCUUCUCAGGGAGCAGGCAAGGCUAGCGUCGCCUUGAAUGCGGAAAAGAGCCCCGCCAUGCCUUUCCUCCCUUACCCGGAGAACCUCAAGGGAUACAUUGGUGACGACAUUGGCUUUGAUCCUCUCGGCUUUUCCGACUACUUCCCGAUGGACUACCUCCGCGAGAGUGAAAUCAAGCACGGCCGUAUCUGCAUGUUGGCCGUUGUCGGUUACAUCGCCACGGAUCUAGGCAUUAUUGUGCACCCCUACGGAUCGGGUCUGACGUCCGCCACCGCACACGACGCACUUUUGGAAAAGGGCGUCAUGGGCAACGCCUUGAUCUGGAUCGGAGCCUUGGAAAUGGUCUCCUACAUUGCCACGGCCGAAAUGUUGCAGGGAUCGGGACGGGAACCCGGCUACUUUGGCUUCGGAACCAAGUACCUAGACGGAAAGUCCGCGGAACAGAUCAAGAAGAUCAAAUACCAGGAAAUCAUGAACGGACGUCUAGCCAUGCUGGCCUUUGGCGGCAUGGUCACCCAAUCCGUUCUUUACGACAAGGGAUUUCCCUACUUUUAAGUGAUUCCGCAACGAUACACUACUCUCAUUUUACGACGUUCGGAAAUGAUAUUCUAAUUGUUAGCUCGUAGUGCGGAAUGACAAAGCCCUGGGCUUGGUUUCCUGUAGGAAUCGAACAUUUUGAAUAGAGGGAGGACGAUAAGGAGGGAAUGUUUGGUUGGUCAGCAUGAAUUCCUAUAUCAGAAUAUUGACUUUCCAACGGUAGUAGUGUAGUAAGUAGUAGCACUGUUUCUCUUGGUGC